CUUUUGGACGUCCUCUAUGAAAACACAUGUUUACCAUCGUUAGUAUUAGCUGGUGAAAGGGAAGGAGUUGGAUUGUGAGGAUUUAAUAGGAAUUGUUCCUUGUGGGGAAUAAAACAUACUGCACAUGGGUCAUGAAUCCUGACUUUUCCUUGGACGAUCGUCGGAUUUCUUCAACGAUUCCACUGUUUCCUUUUUCAGUCUUACAUACAGAGGGACCUUGACCUUAUUGUGCGCUACAUGUACGGUACAAAUGUAUUUGAUAUUCAUAAAACGCUGACGUAUAUAAAGACGUAUAUGUUGUGUAACACAGUGAUAACUUGGAUAUAGUGAGUUCCUAAGAGACAUGGAUCACUGCAGAAAGAAUAUUCAUAGAUAACACAGGCAUCAGGACACAUUAUACUGUGUCACUGGUACCUAGCAAACCCCAUUAGCCUUAUCAUAUUGUUUAAAGUAGUCGUAGUAAUCUCUAUCACAUUGUAUACACACUGUACCAGGAACACUCAGGAACUUUUUCACCAAACAGGCAGUGGAGAGACUGUGGCUCCUUCCCUCAUUAAUGUCACUGCACUCACAGUAAAAACUUCUUUCUAAAAAUGACUGGUACGCAGAUGUUGAAUUACAAUACAGACUCUGCGUUCAGAGCCCCUGCUACCAUGCCUCCCAUGCCUCCUCUUUCCCGGGGAGUGGCUGACCCUCUGCAGCCCCAUGCCUUGUGGCUGCCGCUCGACUUCUUUUUGGGGGCUAUGGCAUGUUGUGGGGCGUGUGUGUUUACCAACCCACUGGAGGUGGUGAAGACGCGGCUUCAGCUGCAGGGCGAGCUGCGGGCACGGGGCUCCUACCAGAGACACUACCGAGGUGUGCUGCAGGCCCUUUGGGUGGUGGGCCGUACCGACGGUAUCCGCGGCCUUCAGAAGGGUCUUUCGGUUGGACUGCUUUAUCAGGGCCUGAUGAAUGGGGUGAGACUCGGUUUUUACUCCUACGUCCAAGGUGUCGGCCUCACAGCCACCCCAGGUGGGAGUCUGAUAGCGGGGGCCACUGCUGGUGCCUUAGGGGCUUUCAUCGCCUCCCCAGCAUAUCUGGUAAAAACUCAUCUUCAGGCUCAGACAGUCGAAGCUAUAGCUGUGGGCCACCAACACAAGCAUCAGGGGGUGUCUAAUGCAUUUGUGUCUAUUUAUCGCCGUGAGGGUGUGAUUGGCCUGUGGAGGGGUGUGAAUGGGGCAGUGCCUCGGGUCAUGGUCGGGUCGGCAGCACAACUGGCCACUUUCAGUUCAGCUAAAGAAUGGGUUUCCCGUUACGAGUGGUUCAGUCCAAACAGCUGGCUGGUUGCUUUGACAGCUGCCAUGAUAAGUGGAGUUGCCGUGACGAUCACCAUGACACCGUUUGACGUAAUCAGCACGAGACUUUACAAUCAGCCAGUAGAUGAAUUUAGAAGGGGUCGAUUGUACAAUGGAUUCAUGGAUUGCUUAGUGAAGGUCUGUCAGACAGAAGGUCUUUUUGGUCUGUAUAAGGGUAUAGGACCAGUGUUUGUCCGCCUGGCCCCUCACACUGUUCUCAGCAUGUUGUUGUGGGACCUGAUGAGACAGAAAGCACUCCGCUACUGUUCAAGCCAAGGAUGAAGCUAAGACCAGAAAUACUGCUGCUGGAUCUAUGUGGCAGAUGGGUGCCAUAAGCAAGGAGCAACAGAAGAGAGACUCAUUCAUGAAGCCAUUCUUAUGACACACUUUAAAAUAGACCUCUUGACUCAGUUCUGAUUAAUAAGCUCUUUGCUGUUUUAAGCGUGGUGGGAAUGUGUUUAAGAACUGUGGUGUGUGCUAGUCACACAUUUCUCAUCCGGGUUCUCAUUACAUUCAAGACUACUGCAUUCAAGCUGAUCCAUACAAGGCAUACUAAUGUGCUCACAAGGUCACUGGAACAUGGACUUUUUAAAAUGAAUUUAAAUGUCAAGAACAUGGAAAUGUGCUUUUGAGUGUUUUGGUGUUGUUCAGGGACACAUGACAUUUGAUUAAUUGCCUUAUCUGUCAAAAUGUCAAGUAGUUUUUGACUGUCUUUUUAGUGUGGUUUACUAAUUAAAUGUCAAUAAUUAAAUAACAAGAUAUUUGGCUUAA